CUCUCCUCCCUGAAAUCUCUGCAAGAUGUGUCGCUGGUUUGCAUUCGUGUCUCACAAUCCGGUUCUGCUGGAAGACGUCUUGAUCGAUCCGAAGCAUGCGAUCACCAAACAAGUGCACGAUCAUUAUUUGCCAGGUCUUCUUCACAAUAAUCCCGACGAGACCGUCGAACAAAAAGCUGCGGCUGAGAAGGACCUCGCUCUCCGAAACCUGAUGUUCAACAUCGACGGCUUCGGCGUCGCAUGGUACACGCACACGCGCGCGCAGUUCGAGCCCGACUUCACGCAGGGCCCCCGUCCCGCGAUGUACAAGACCGUCGCGCCCGCGUUGACGGACCCGACGUUCACCUACAUAUGCGGCAACACCGCGUCGAGCUGCAUCCUCGCGCACAUCCGCGCGGCGAGCGCCCCGCCCGUCGUGCAGACGAACAACCACCCGUUCAUAUUCGGGCGGCACAGCUUCAUGCACAACGGCUCCGUCUCGAACUUCCGCAGCAUCCGCCAGGAGCUGUCGCGCCGGAUCAGCAGGGAGAACCUCGGGCUGAUCCAGGGCAACUCGGACACGGAGCACGUCGCGGCGCUGUACUUCACGCACCUCGGGGACACGGCGGCCACGCACCCGAUCGAGCACAUGCGCGACGCGCUCGCGCGGACGAUCAAGGACGUCCAGGACGCGCAGGCGGCGGUGCUCACGCCCGACGAGCUCAAGACGUCCGCGAACUCGCUGAACCUCUGCACCACCGACGGGGAGCAGAUGAUCGCGGUGCGGUGGCGCAACUCGGAGACGGAGCAGCCGCCGAGCCUGUACGCGUCGACGACGGCCGGGGUCGUGCUCAACCGGAAGCACCCCGGGGCCAGCAACGAGGGCCCCGACUCGCCGCAGGAGCUGCUCGCGAAGCUCGGCUCCGCGCGCGAGCUCGCGCAGGAGCGGAACGCGCACGGGCUGCACCUCAUCGUCGCGUCGGAGCCAACCACGUUCGACGCGAGGGAUUGGAAGCUGCUGGAUAAGAACGACUGCAUCAUGGUGGACAAGAACAUGCGUCUGACGGUGGACGCGCUGAGGCUGCCUGCCUGAGGGGGAUGUCGGUGCACGGAAACUGUAACUUGUGAUGUGCGUGUGCGUUGGCGACGAAUGACAUUGGUCUCUUGUACAGUACGGCUGCUGCGAGUGGCGGGGCGGGGUGCUGACGUUAGGGGACGCGCUCGCCGGGGGAGUGAUGUCAUCGCGGGCCACCGAGCGUCGCAUGUCGCAGAAGCCGCGUGCACACACACACCCGAACCCCCUCGAGCCCUCUUAUCGAUGACCGCGCUCAAGAUGGCCCCCGUACAAACAUCAGCCCAGUUUUGGCACCCUGAGGGCACGGACGCCGCCGCCGCCCCGCAGAGCUUCCCAGUCGAGGGCGUCGACCCGCACCUGGCGUUCUACAGGCCCGAGGUCCUGGACACGAUCGCGCGAGAGAUCGACGCCAUCGGCGGGGAGCUCAGGGCGCUCAGCUUGGAUAUCCACCAGCACCCCGAGCUCAAAUUCGAAGAGACGCACGCGCACGACGUGCUGACGGCGUUCAUGGGCGCGCGCGGGUGGGCGGUCGAGCGGCACUACUUCCUCGACACCGCGUGGGCCGCGACGUUCGUGCACGGCGC